AUGGUUUCGCUAUCGACAACUAAAUCAGGCGGUAAACAUUUUGAUCGUAAUAUCGAUAAUUCAUGGAAAACAUUCUAUGACGCCAAAGAUUCUUUGAGACAAGUUGAACAGCGUCUACAAAAUACGUUAUCAACAAGCAGAAAUGGUAGAACAGAACCCAUAUCAGCCGUACCUAUUCAUUCGUAUGAUAAUUUGUCAUCACCUUCAUCAUCUUAUUUAUCAAUUCACGCGGGAAAUCAGACAAUGUUACAAGAUGACAUACACGGGAGAAGUUCUCGAGUAAAUAACUAUUAUCAUCCAGCAAAUAGCAAUAGUUCUUCAGCAGUACCACGUUAUUUAAAUGAUAGUGAAUCACGCGUUCGUUCGGCAAAUUCACGAUUAAUGACUAAUGUCGAUAUGCCAGUUAUGAAUGAUAAAGCAACAGUUUACGAUAAAAAUUUGAUAGAUUAUAGGAUAGACGAAAAUAAACGAUCGACAAAUUCUACUAAUUUAGAAACAGAUAUGUUUUUAGAAACAAUCAGGCGUAAAAUUAGCAAGCAAAAGCUCGCUGCAGAACGUCGUGUCGAUAGUCUUAAUUCACAAUCUGAUGAGUCAAAUCAUUAUGUACAUCCUCCACCAGCUUCCUCGUCAUCAUUAUAUUUUGACGGACAUCAAAACAGUAACAUUAGAAAUAAUAAUCAGUAUUCAACGUCAUCAAGUUUACAAAAUUUACACUAUACGACACAUACUAAUCGACAUCAUUCAGCAAACGAACGAAAUCUUCUUUCUGUACCGACGAAUAACACACAUUUACAACAAUCACAAUCAUAUCCGUCAGAAUUAGAUAUCGUUUUAAGAAGACAAGAGAAUAAUGAUCACGUCACAGAAAGUCGACUCCUACAUGGUGAUGACGACGUUAUUUUAUCAUCAGAUUAUAAUUUUCAAGAAUUUCGUCAACCUUAUAUGAGAAAAGUAACGAAAGUCACAAAAGAAGUAUCACUGACAACUCGUCCAACCAGUGAUACAACAAAACGUACGACAAGAAGUACAAGUGCAUCAACAACAAUAAAAUACCACGAUUCUCCUUCAUUACCAAACAGUGAUAUGCAACGUUUGAAAAAUAUUCGUCGAUUGGAGCCAGCACACGUAACAUCAGCAUCAAAAACAAGUCUAAUAACGCCCGAUUCUUGGCGAACUGCUCCAGUCAAACUCUCCAAAUCACGUGAACGUUCAAAAUCGUCGAGUAAGCACGUUCAUGAUGAACUAAAAAAAUUGAAAGAUGAUAAACAGAUACUACCAAAAUCAGCUCAAAAAAUCGUUGAAGAAUUAUUACCAAAUGAUGAAAGUUCGACAAAUAAAAUUAAAGACACAGAAAAACCAAAAGUGUCCAAGAAACCUAGCAGUGUCAGAGUUAAACGCGAUACAAAAAAGGAUAUUAAAAAACCUGUUUGUAAAGUUGUUCCAUAUGAACGUCCACCAAAAGAUCAAAUACAAGGAUAUAUUCAACAAAAACGACAACAACACGAAGAAAAUUUAUUGAAAGAAAAGCGUCUCAGGAGUGAACAAGAAAAACAAAAAAAGGAUAAGCUUAAAAAAUUAGAUGAACGUAUUCAAGAGACUGCACAUCUUCAUCCACAAUUGCCAUCUUCAUCAAACAAAUUAGUGGAUGAUAAACAAAAGAAAAAUCUAAUAUCAGGACAUUCAUACACAUCAAUGCCAAUGAGAUCGUCUAUUCCUUUGAAUGAUCCUUCGGAACAGACACGCCAGCAGAAGUUAGUCCGUUUGCUUGGACCAAAACCAGAAUCAACAUAUGGGGCAAACAGCGAACAACAGCCGCCUCAAGUAGAACAAUUAGCUCAUUCAAUUUCAUCAUCUUCUGUCUCUUCAUCUUCAAGUUCAUCUUCAUCAUCUACAUCUAGUGUUAUCGAAGCUAACAGUCGACCACAAAGUUAUAAUCCAUCACAUCGAGCACGAUCUCAGCCAACAUCACAAAUUCGACCACCAUUACCAUCGCAAAUACAUGCAGUAAAUCGGCAAGAGAAUUUGAGAAAAUGGGCAGAGAAUUUAAAUCAUGAUUGUGAUAAUGUACAAGAAAAGAUUCGAAGUUUUAGACCGGAUGGUACUCAAAAGUUUGACAUAACUACGCCUGAGUUUGAUGUAAACACUAUCAAUCUUGACCAAGAAGGAAAUUUAAGACAUGGUGAUAGUCGUUUCAUUUCAACUGGUGAACCAAUUUAUUUGGUAAAUCAAAAUAAUAGUGAUCAACAACAUCACUCAUCGGCAUCACUCAGACCAUCUGGACGUUUAAGUCGAUUGAAUCAAAAUUGGACAAGUGAAUUCAGUGGAAAUUUGCCGGGUGUAGGCGAUUUAAAAGAUCCAUUAUUAGCCAAACGAAUUCAGCGUGAACGAGCUGCAGGAAAAAUUCAAGCAGCUUAUCGUGGCUACUCAGUGAGAAAAUCAUUACAAUGGUCGAUUAAAAAUGAUAACUAUAAAAAUAGACAAUCAACAAAUAAGAAUAAAAAAUCAUACCAGCGAUACUCUCAUCCACCAACAGAUGAUCUUGAUUUAGUUCAAAGUAUGGAUUUUAAGUUUAACGAUGACAAUUACACAAUUGGCAGUACAAUAUUAAAACGUUAUGAACAUUUAAAAUCAGAUACAAAUAAUAGUCAACACACAUCAGCAACACAACAAUAUAAAGAUGACUUCACAUCUACAAUAUCUUCGGCCAAAAAUGUGCCUAUUGUGGCGAGUCGAACUCAUCAACCUCGACAGCCAUUACGAAAUCAACAUCAGAAAAAAUCUCAUUCACCAUUGUUGUAUUCAGAUGAUUACGAAAAUUACACCUCUACUUCGUCUUCGCCUGUUCACAAUCAGAAAAAAAAACAUAUCAAUGAUACACAACAGUCAAAACACCAACCAUCUGUCAAUUUGAAUGAAAAACUUCGUCAAACAAGCAUAUCAUCUCCAUCUUCAUCUACUUCGACUCCAACAAUACAAGACGAUGAAGAAGAUGAAAAAAUACCACAAGACUCUCAUAUCUUCAAAAAUCUAACUGAAACGCAACGUCGUCGUUCAUCUUCACCACCUUUACCGCCUCAAAUGUCUCCUGACAGUGGACGUCCUAUAAAUCCAUCGACAACUAUCGCUCCUCUACCAUCACAAUCACACCAUCGAUCUAUACAUCAUGAUUUCGAAGAUAAACGUUUUUCACCAGAUGCUCUAGAAAGACAAUUGAAUGCUGAAUUCAAUCUACUUGAAGGAGUUGAACAAUCCAUGAUACAAAUCGAUAAUAUGGAAAAAAUGAGAUCAUUGGCAUUAGCACAACAAGAAGUUGUAUCGAUUGCACAAGUAUUAAGAAAUACGCGACAGCGUGAUUCGACCGAUAAUGAACAACUUCAUAGUAAACAACUACAAUCAAGAAAAUCUCCAUCUCAUGAUCGGCCACAACAACAACAGUCUACAUCAUCAUCAUCUUCAACAUCUUCUCCUUCCCACAGUCGAAAUCAAUAUGAUCGAUAUUCACCAUUAGUACAGCAACAGUAUCGUCGUACAAAUAUUGCGAGUCCACCAACAUCUUCAUCUGAAUCCUCUUUAAUUGUUAGAUUUACACAUUCAAAAAAAAUAGUUAAUCAACUAAUUAAAGCUCACUUUUGUUUAUAUCUAAAUAAUUCAGCACCGAUCCUCACACGUGAUAUUUAUUAUUUAUCUAACUUUCGAUAG